UUGUGGCAUCUGAUCAAAGACAGUGCAGAAGUGAGCUGUUGUGGUCGAUUCUGGUGAUUCCGUGCAAGUGUUUGAUAGAUCUUGCGAAUAGAGGCAAAGUGCAAGUGUGCAGUUUAUGUGUUACACAAAUUAACCCAAGAUGAAACCAAUCGCUUCCGCACCUCGUUGAGGUGUUGCGGCGUGUUCGGGCAGAUAAAAAUCAAACAGUGAACGGUGUCCUGGUGCGUGGAAUAUCUUCCCGGAUUCAAGAUUCAAAGGAGAUAUUCCCUGCCUUCGCUUCCUUUAUCCACUCCUUUCCCCCUCCAAUGUACACCUUGCCGGCGAAUCACUGUGACGGAGUUUCCAUUUUCGCGUACCCAGGACGAAAUCGGAGGAUCGUGCGAAAUGUUUCCAUGCGCUGCGACCAAUACCAGUAGUAGCAGCAGGAUCAGCAACAGCAACAGCACCAUAAUGAAGUUCUACCUGUUUCUGGCCAUCGUCGUGUGUGAAUCGUGCAAUUAUUUUUCCCACGCCGAAUAUGACUCACUGGUCGAGUUGGCGACCGGGGGCGAGCUUGGAUCGCUUACCGGUGGCCAUCGGCUCACCCUGGAGGAUUCAUCCGAGGCUGGCGAAUGGUCCCCGGUGUACCCGUGGAAUGCGGCCAUAAAACGUAGUGCCAAGGCGGACAUUCAGACGCGCCGCCGCAGUGCCCUCGACAAGAACUUUAUGCGCUUUGGACGCUCGGACAAGGACAUGCUGCGGCAGGCGCGCGCCAAUCUGAUGCGGUUCGGUCGGCCGGAUCGUAACUUUUUACGGUUCGGACGUGAUCCAUAUGCGGCGCUACUUCACGAGGAGGAACUUAGCAAGGAGUACGCCACAUCAACCGAGCAGCUCGAACCAGCGAAUGGACCAGGCGACGAACCCGCGGCCACAAAGCGUAACGCUGGGCUUGGCGCCUCGGAGGAAAUGUUAAACACGGGCCUGUCGGAAUCGGGCGAACAGAUUAAACCGAAGCAGGUACUUUACAUACGGCGUGACUCGCCGAAGAAUCUGAUGCGUUUCGGGAAGCGACGGUCGACCGGUUCCGGCUAUAUGCGGUUCGGGCGGGCCGGGAACUUGAUGCGGUUUGGGCGGGCAAGCGACGAACCCGCGGUCGCACUGCUGGCAAGCACCCAGUUCGGACGAUCGGCCCGUGCCGGACCGAACCUGAUGCGAUUCGGGCGGGCCGGCAAUCUGAUGCGCUUCGGACGGGCUGGCAAUGGAACCGGUACGCGAACAAACGCCGAAGAGCUGAACGCUACCGUCCCGUCCCAGCUGCCGGACGCGCUGCCGUCGAAUCUGGCCGAGCUGUUCGAGAAGGAACCGGACCGAAUGUUGCUGGACGCGAUAGAAGCCGCCGAAGCGAACGAGCGUCUUCCGCUGUACAUAGUGGAGAAGUAGUGCGGGCCUGCUUUGACAAGGAGUUUCUCGAGGGAGCAUCGCUAGCGGAAGAGACAUCAUCUGAGGUCACACGUCUGGGAAGCAAAAUGGUGUAUUGUUGAUAAAACUCACUCAAAUUCACGCUCACACAGAACACACAGAAUGUAGGUAACAAACGACAAGGCUGGUAUCAACAAUAUGGAACAUUUUGCUUUUCGACUCAAUCAGCUAGACACGAAGCGACCAGAACCAGAGUGGCAUACGUGCGCACAAUGGAAAACGGACACACGAGGCUCACACUGCAAAACUAUCAAUUACUCUUCCCUGUCUCGCCAGCGCCAGCUAAACCCGUGUAGAUUUUCAAGUUUUAGCGCCGAAAUGUAAAACAAAACAGUUUAGCAAAACAAAAAAAAGAA